GUUCUAGCCACACCCGGCAUGACUUGUAGACCAUACUCCUAUAUUGCAGUUGUGGUGGAACCGGGAUAGAGAUAAGCUGCUCUGUCAUCCAUUCCCCUUUCCAUCUGCCAUUCUGACCAAUAUGACUAAGCUCAUGCUUCUCAUCCGAGGAGCUGCACUACUGCUUUGUCUAUUGAUCUUCCAAGCAGCAUCCACUUCCCAUGGCCAAGCGAGUGGGUCGGGAGCCUGCAUCGGCAGGGAGCGAGAUGCGCUUCUGUCCUUCAAGGCAAGCCUCCUGGACCCUGCUGGCCAUCUCUCGUCAUGGCAGGGUGAGGAUUGUUGCCAAUGGAAGGGAGUCCAUUGCAGCAACAAAACGGGCCAUCUCAUCAAGCUCGACCUCCGCAACAUCGACAUGCAGGACUACAUGUACGACAUAAACCAUGACAUGUACGACAUAAACGAUGACAUGUACGACAUGGGCUACUACAUGUACGACUACGGCUACCCGAACAAGAGCAGAUCAUUGAGCUUGUCGGCCGGCGAGAUGAGCUCUUCUUUGGCUACUUUCCAACACCUGAGCUAUCUUGAUCUGAGCUGGAAUGACUUCAACGGCACAAGCAUCCCUGUGUUCUUGGCUUCUCUCAAGAACCUAAGGUAUCUCAACCUCUCCUCGGCAGGAUUCAGUGGGAUAAUACCUUCCCAACUUGGCAAUCUCUCAAAGUUGCAAUAUCUUGAUCUCAGUUGGAAUUAUGAUUAUUAUGUUAAUAGGUCUUACAUAGUGGAUCUUGCAUGGUUGCCACGUCUCUCUUUGUUGAGGCAUAUUGACAUGAGUUAUGUGGAUCUUGGUUCUGCGAGGGAUUGGUUUCAGAGGGUUAAUAUGCUUCCUUCUCUUAAAGUGCUUCGCUUGUCUGACUGUGGACUCAGUGGUACUGUGUCUGCUAGUAUAUUAAUUUCCAACCUCACACAUCUCGAGGUCCUUGAUAUAUCCUCUAACAGCUUCAAAAUACCUUCCCAAUUUGGCAAUCUCUCAAAGUUGCAAUAUCUUGAUGUGAGUUGGAAUUAUUAUCCUGGUGUGGAUCUUGCAUGGUUGCCACAUCUCUCUUUGUUGAGCCAUCUUGACAUGAGCGGGGUGCAUCUUAGUUCUGCGAAGGAUUCGUUUCAGAGGGUUAACAUGCUUCCUUCUCUUAAAGUGCUUCGCAUGUCCAUGUGUGGACUAAAUAGUACCAUGUUUGCUAGUGUAUCACUUUCCAAUCUCACACAUCUCGAAGUCCUUGAUAUAUCUGAGAACACCUUCCGUACUUCACUCAAGCACGCGUGGUUUUGGAAUCUCAUAGGCCUUAAGGAGCUUUUCCUCUCUUAUUCGGAAUGGGUAGGGUCCAUUCCUAGUGAUUUGGCAAACAUGACAUCCCUUCAAGUCAUAGAUUUAAGUCAGAAUCAGCUCGUGGGUUUGAUACCAGAAAAACUGAAAAAUUUGUGCAAUUUGAAAAAAAUGAUGUUCAGCAAUAACAACAUAGAUUCAAACAUAGAAGAGUUCAUGGAGCGAUUGCCAAAGUGCUCAUGGAAUACACUGCAAGAAUUUUCGGUGCGGGGUGCAAAUAUGACCGGGAAUCUACCCAUUUGGAUUGGUAACAUGACCAACCUUAGUGUUCUUCAGGCAUCUAGAAACAAAUUGACUGGCCCAAUGCCUGUAGGAUUUGGAACACUAAGGAAUUUGAAAAAGCUAGCCCUCAGCUACAAUAACUUCAGCGGUGUGUUCUUGAAAGAACAAUUUGCAAGCUUAGAAAAAUUAGAGUUAUUGGACCUCAGCCACAAUAACUUCAGCGGUGUGCUCUUGAAAGAACAAUUUGCAAGCUUAGAAAAAAUAGUGGUAUUGGACCUCGGGCACAAUAACUUCAAUGGUGUGCUCUGGAAAGAACAAUUUGCAAGUUUAGGCAACUUAAAGCAUUUGGACCUCAAGUACAACAAAUUCAGUGGUGUGCUCUUCAAUGAACAUUUUGUAAGUUUAGGUAAUUUGGAGCAUUUGGACCUCAGCUAUAAUAACUUCAGUGAUUUUAUCUUGAAAGAUCAUUUUGCAAGUUUAGGUAAUUUAAAGCAUUUGGACCUUGCCCAUAAUCAAUUAGAUAGAGUGCUCGUGGAGGAGCAUUUUGCAGGCCUAUUGAAUUUAGAGUAUCUAGACUUCUCGUACAACUCUGUGAUAGCUAUCAACCAAAAAUGGGUUCCUCCAUUUAGAUUGAAGGUUGCGAAGUUUCAAUCAUGCCAACUAGGACCCAUUUUUCCGGAGUGGCUUAAAUGGCAAACUGAUAUUGAUGUUCUUGUUCUUAGUGAUGCAAAUCUGGACGAUGUUAUUCCUGAUUGGUUUUGGAUGACAUUUUCCCAAGCUUCAACCUUGCAAGCAUCAGGAAACAAAUUGUGUGGCUCAUUACCGACAAAUCUACAACACAUGUCAGCUGAGUAUAUACAUCUGGGGUCGAAUAAGUUGACAGGUCAAGUUCCACAGUUGCCUAUACAUAUAAGCCAACUGGACCUAUCUUCAAACUCUUUAUCUGGGCCAUUGCCAUCAGAGCUAAAUGCUCCUGCACUCGAAGAUUUGAUGCUUGCAAAUAAUCAAUUCACAGGCACCAUCCCUUCAUCUAUAUGCCAAUUGACUAGUCUGUUAAGGUUGGACCUAUCAGGAAACCAUUUAGAAGGAGAUAUUAUGCAGUGUUGGAAGGAAUCUGAUGCAAACUCUACAAAUCUGUUUGGUUGGAACAUGUUCAGCUUAGCCCUAAAUAACAACAAUCUGACCGGUCAAUUCCCUAAAUUUCUUGCAAGGUCAUCACAAUUGAUGUUCCUUGACCUUUCUUACAAUAGGUUAUUUGGAGGAUUGCCAGAGUGGUUGCCAGAAAAAAUCCCACAGUUGAGAAUAUUAAGAGUAAGAUCAAAUAUGUUCAGUGGUCAUAUUCCUAAGAGUCUCACUUCCCUUCACCGUCUUCAUUAUUUGGACAUAGCACAUAACAACAUAUCAGGAAGCAUACCGUGGUCUUUGUCAAACUUGAAGGCAAUGAAGGCAGUGGUGUCACAGGACACGAACUAUAACUUCUACGAAGAUAGCAUCCAAAUAAUCAUGAAGGAUCAAAAGCGUGACUACACCUUUGCGAUCUACAAGCUACUGGUAAUUCUUGAUUUGUCAAGUAAUAGGUUGGCGGGACAGAUUCCAGAGGAGAUAACUUUACUCAUUGGGCUUACCAAUCUGAACUUGUCAAAUAAUCAACUCACAGGAGCAAUCCCAAACCAAAUUGGUGAUUUAAGGCAGUUGGACUCACUCGACCUGUCCUUCAAUGGGUUUUCUGGUGCAAUACCAUCAAGUUUGUCAGCUUUAAGUUAUUUGAGCCACUUGAACUUGUCAUACAACAAUCUUUCCGGUGUGAUACCAUCAGGACAACAACUACAAGCUCUUGACAACCAGAGGUAUAUCUACAUUGGCAACCCUGGUCUUUGUGGAGAUCCUGUUGGCAGGAACUGCUCAACACAUGAUGCAGAGCAAAGUGGCCUCGAAGAUAUAGAUCAUAUGCCAUCUGUUUAUCUUGCCAUGAGCAUUGGAUUUGUGGUGGGUCUGUGGACAGUUUUCUGCACCAUGUUGAUGAAGAGAACCUGGAGGGAAGCCUUCUUCCAGUUUGUUGAUAUGAUGUACGACAUGGUUUAUGUGCAAGUGGCUGUAAGGUGGGCUCACAUGAUGGAGAAAACUCAAGACGGUGCACCAUGAAGCACCCAACUCUGCAACAAGCGAAUUGUUUGUAUCUGAAUAUUAUUUGUAUGUUUGACCAUAUCCCUAUUUGUAGCUCUAAAUUAGCCUUCGCUGGACGGUUUGUACUGUACUGUAUUGUUGUUUGUAUGUUUGCACCUUAUCUCUAUUUUAGCUCUAAA